CGCGCACCGCACACGGCACUCAGCACUUAACCCUGAGCAUUGCCUGCUCCACUGCUGGCCGCACGAAGCAGCAGUCAACCUAUUACACCAUCAUAUUGUCUUGUUCGUCCUCUUUCGAUGCAAGCUCUGCUGACACGAAGCACGGCGGCGUUGCUUAGAAGAAAUGGUGCGGCUCCUGGUGCAGCGGUGGCGUUAGCCCGGGGUGGGGACUGGCCGCAGCAGCAGCGGGGACUAGCUAGUGAGAGGAUGGUGUAUGGGAUUAAGAUCCCGGAAGGCGUGAAAGUCAGUGAUCCCGUGCGGCGGGUACUGAGUAUUGACAACAGCACCAUGCCACAAAAGAAGAAGCUGCUCAAGCGGCUAGAAUUGGAGAAAUGGCAGCGACAUGCCGGAGACACGGGCUCGCCGGAAUGCCAGAUUGCAGCGCUGACCGUGCGCAUCGACGCGCUACGCCCUCUCGUCAACUCUACCGCCCGGAUGGACUUCUCGUGCAAGCGCGGAUACGUCAAGCUGCUCGCCAGGCGGCGGAAGAUGCUGGCCUACCUCAAGCGCAAGGACUUCGAGAUUUACCGCAAGGUCGCGCUGGAAACCGGCCUUCGAUGAUGAUGAUGAUGAUGAUGGAAGAUGCUUGCUUCGUGAUUUGUUUUUUUUCAGGUGGAAGCGUGCUUCUUCAUCUUUCAACAACUACUGUUGUACAAGGCCCUCUCUGCGUGUGAUCGGCACGACGGUACUUUUGGAACGGGAUUGGAAGUCGAGCAAGCAAUGUAAGGAGUAGGGUCUGGAUGCUGCUCGAAGGAUUUCUAGGGUAAAGGGCCGGGCGGUGUGCAUCGGUUUCCAGGAAGGGAAUUGUAGAGCAAAAGGGUACUGUACGUGGGACAGGCCAGGUAAUUCAUUUCGUGGGCGGCGUCUCGUGAUGAUGAAAACAGUUUUCGAGUUGCACAUGGUGUUCGUUUGAUGUGCUACUGCCGUUGUGAAGCCGAUUACACGCUUGCGUGCCCCCGGCGCCGGUGUCCGCAGGCGUCGUCGGUCUCCUCUUGUCAUGACUACGCCUUCCUCAUCGUGGGGGUUAGAGGAGCCGUCUUCUGUUUUCAAGUCCCGAUUUUCAUGAUAACUGGAGUUUGCACCAGACACGCGUCUCCACUUUGGCACAACACCUCGACACCCCUGCAUGCACUAUGCCAGAGGUCGAGUAGAAACGGGGCAGUAUUGCGGGGGAAAAUUUAAAGAGUUGAAACCACGCGAAAGAUUGUUGAGCUUGGCGUCCGGCCGCUGUGGGCUACCCGAGUGCUGGUGUUGGUUGGGCACGAGUCGCUCC